GCGCACUUCGCGUACUACCUGUACAUCAACAAAGUGAACUAACCGCGAUUUUUCGAUUUAUUCCGUUCGAGAGUUGCCUACAACCAGUGUCAAAAUGCCGAAGAAUAUAUUAGCAGAAAUGGGCUCCCAAGUGGGGUUGACGCCCCGAAACCACAAGGAGGCGGAAUCAUGGGCACGACGGCAGAGCGGACCCAUGGUGAACCCUUCCUUCGAGCCAGACGAUUUCGUGCCACACAGUCUAUCGCCAGUCAAAGAUGAAAAGAAGAAAGGAGGCGACAAGGGCAUCUUCCUUGUUAACAUGAAUGAAAAGCAAGAAGUGGAGGAAUAUGAACCGUAUGCAAACAGAGUGGUCGAACACCCUACCACAAAUACGGAAACCCUGCUACAUCUGUUGAAGGGGAGCUUAGGAACUGGUAUCUUAGCUAUGCCUAAAGCCUUUGCUAACGCCGGCUACGUGGUUGGGUCCAUUGGCACAGUGGUUAUAGGUGUUCUGUGCACUUAUUGCAUCCAUGUGCUGAUUGACUCGUGUUACGUGCUGUGCAAACGGCGAAAAGUGCCUUCUAUGUCCUACACGACCGCGGCCGAGGCUGCCUUCUCAGAGGGACCCGACUGGUGUAAAGCGUGUGCGCCUUAUGCAGCGCACGUGGUUAACGCUUUCCUGCUCGUCUACCAGAUUGGAACGUGCUGCGUUUAUGUCGUAUUCGUAACUGAGAACAUACAAACAGUACUGAAACACCAGUUUGAUAUAGAUUUGCCUAUAUUACAAGUGAUGGCUUGUAUACUACUGCCGCUCAUUCUAAUUAACUGGGUGCGAGAUCUGAAGUACUUGGCGCCGUUCUCGGCCGUCGCCAACGCAGUGACGAUAGUCAGCUUUGGCAUCAUCCUGUACUUCAUAUUUAGAAAAGUGCCAACAAUUGCCGACAAAGCGCCGAUCGGGGAGUUGGCUAAUUUUCCGCUGUUUUUUGGGACAGUUCUAUUCGCGCUGGAAGCCAUAGGCGUUAUCUUACCACUAGAGAAUGAAAUGAAAACACCCAAGUCUUUUGUUGGUAAAUUCGGCGUACUAAAUCGAGCCAUGAUUAGCAUCAUUAUCCUGUACGUGGGAAUGGGACUCUUUGGAUACCUGCAAUACGGUGAUCAAGCGGAAGGCAGUAUCACUCUUAACUUGGGCAGUGAACAAGACAAGGAAGUCCUGGCGAGCGUAGUUCAAUGCCUGCUCGCUUUCGCAAUAUUCAUCACCCACGGCUUGGCGUGUUAUGUGGCAAUCGACAUCCUGUGGACCGACUACAUCGGAUCACGGCUGCUGAACAGCAAACACAGGCUUCUUUGGGAGUACAUCUUGAGAACAAUCAUUGUCUUGCUCACCUUUGGUAUUGGUGCUGCCGUUCCAGAGUUGGAACUGUUCAUCUCUCUUUUCGGUGCUUUGUGCCUCUCUGCUCUCGGGCUAGCUUUCCCAGCCAUUAUUCAAAGCUGCACCUACUGGUACUACGUGUCCCGGUCCGAACGAAUCCGUAUGUGCAUCAAAAAUGGGAUCGUGAUCCUGUUUGGAGUUCUUGGGCUAAUAGUCGGAACGUGGACAUCACUCGAAGGCAUCAUACACAAGUUCACAAACAACGGUGUCGUCACCGAUCCUACGGAGUCGAGCACGGCGUCCAGUAUUUUCAACGCAACUUCAGCACUUUGAAUUUAACUUCAUCAACAUUGUGCGAAUAGAACUGUAUACAGCGUAGUGAUAAUGAUAAGAACAGAUGUGCCAUGAGGUGCAAUAAUGCCAUCCGUGGGGCAUCCAGUACAGAUGAAGUCCACACUAAUUACUCACUAAAUAGAUUUAUUUUUUUAGGAAUUUAUUUAAAUAGGAUAUUUCCAAGGUUUAACAGCAAUAAGUACAACUUGUUGAAGUAUAACGAUAAUUAACGAAUAACGCUUCCAUAAUUGUGUAAUUAGGACAGAAUUUUAAGCUUUCGUAUUUUGUUAUUAGUCUUGGGAAGACAGCUACAUUGAAUGAGCUGUGAAGGUUGCAUGAAUGAAUAAAAUUGUAAAUAGUUUGACGUAAUAGAUCGUAGUUAGUAAGUGAAAUUUAGUUUUAGCAAUCCGAGGGCUGUUACGAGACGAGCGUUGCGAAAUCAAGGUGAGAGUACAUAAUAUGAAUAUUUUAAUAUCGGUGCCAUAGUACAAAAGCAUUAUAAGGAGUAAAUUCACAUAAAGGUAAGUGAUGCCUGUUUGCCUUAAAUUAGUGUCGAGCUAAGUUCGGGACAGUGAGAUUUUAUGUGAAGUGAAGCGAGGCAUUUCUUUAGGCUAAGUGUAAUCUAAGUUGCGAGUACAAGCAAAAAUAUCGUUGUAAUUUAUCAAAAUGAAUAGGAACAAUAUUUUUCUACGGUCAUCUCAUCGCAUUUGCUAACGGCGAUUCGUUACAAAGUAAAGGACCCUUAAGAGCCGUUAGGAAUUGAAUAAAAUAAGAGAUAUUGUUGAUGAAUGUCGAGAAACUCUUCCGACGAUGUUACACCUUUCCUGUCUUCGACCCUCAAAAUUGUAUUAUGUUUAAAAUUUUAUUUACACGUCGUAAAUAACGCUGCUGAAACUUUUCUAUCCUUUGAUAUUUUUACAAGUUCUCUUAUUAUACUUAUUUUUACAAGACUCUGUUAUUUAGUUUCAAAGUGAAUGAAAACCAUAAUUUUAUUAACAUACAUUUCUUUCUAUUUUGAUAUUGUUAUUAUUAUUUUUACCAUUAUUUUUGCCAUUUGGGGUCUACAUGUCCGAUAGACACUCAUAUCCCAAAUGGCGAAAUAAUCUAGGACGAAUAAACCACAAAAAUGGAAGCAAAGGCUUCUGAUUUCGCAGAUUUUACUAUUUAUUACUAUUUAGAAGAAAAAAUGACUAUAUUGGUUUGUUACAAGAAGAUAUUAUAAAAUGAUAGUUGAUAUUUUUAAAUUGUUUAUUGGACAGCUAGGUAGAGACCCUGUGAGGGGUCGGAGGUGGCGGGCCUGUCUCUUAAGCCAAUGUCCAGUUAAGGCGGAAAGGAGAGGUAAUGUGUUUAAAUAACCUGUAGGAUUGCGACAUAACAUAAUCCUACUUGUUUGUAGUUUCUGCCCCCCUCCGUUUGGAUGGAUAAUAGGCCUCAGCGCAGUAGGCAGAAACAGAAGAUCUCCACUCGCCCUUUUACUCAAUCAGAUCAUGUUCAUGUUUACUGUUGAAAUAAUCUGUGAUGUAAUAAUGUAGACGGCACAAUAAUUAAAUUAUUAGAUGUGCUUUUCGGUUAGCUAUUUUAUUUUAUGAUGUGUUCUACACGUCAGUGAUAUUGUGCUCAGAGAGAUGUUAAGGGUUGAUUCCCAUGUAAAUAAAAAAUACGUUGA